UGAGUCCAGACGGGUGGAAGGUUAAGUUAAGAGUUGCGUUCGCAAGUUGAUUUAAUUAAAUUCGUUCAUCAGUUAUAUCCGAGAUACAUUAAUUACGUUUGCUAUAGAAACGCCCUCAGUAACAGAGCCCGAAUAACGAGCUAGCUGCAUAAUGGUGUCGCAUUUCUGAGCUAAACAGUUUUCUACCAAAGCUUCAACGAAGGGUGCUGCAGAAAACGCAACGUUAAGCAUAAUGGAAUUUGCUGAGUUGAUAAGAACGCCCAAACUGGACGGGGUUCUGCUGUACGAACAACUGAAGCGAGAACAAAUCGACGGAACACUUUGCAUUACCGGUCAUCACCUGAUACUGAGCACACGCCGAGAGGGUGCUCGAGAAUUGUGGCUGCUUCAUCAGAAUGUGGACAUUGUCGAACGAAAGCCGUGUAUCAUCAAUAAUGUUCUGGAAGGUGGAACGAUCAUUCUCAAGUGUAAAGAUCUACGGAUAUUACAGCUUAAGAUUAGCUCACCGCAAGAGUACUUCAACAUAUCCAAUUCGAUUGAACAGCUAUCGAACUUAGAGGAAACGAAAAAGCUUUACCCGUUUUUCUACAUUCCGAUGUACAACGUGAUACAGGAUGGCCACACGGAGUACACGAUGGAAACGGAGUUUGCGAAACUACUGGCCACCGACGAGUGGCGCUUGACGACGGUCAACCAUGACUUUAAAGUUUGCCCGUCGUACGGUUCCCGGCUGUUGGUGCGAAAAUCGAUAACGGACGAACAAAUUAUUCAAUCAGCUGCCUUUCGCGACGGUGGUCGCUUCCCAGUAUUGGCCUACAAGCACAGCAACGGAGCCGUACUGUUCCGCUGCGCUCAGCCACUGGCCGGACCUGGUGUGAAACGCUGUCGUGCUGACGAGGCAAUUUUGAAUGCGGUGGUUGAACCGGGUGGCAAAAAAGGUUGCAUUUUCGACACGUGGGGAAAGAGUAAAAACACCAACACCGAAAUCGAGCCACACUAUCCGCAAUGGAGGAUAUUCAGCAGACCGCUGGGUCACUUGGCGUCCGUUUCGGCGCUGUUAGAUAGUUUUGUUAAAUUAAUGGAAGCCUGCAAUGACGUGGGCUCCAGCACGGAUCGGUGGCUUUCUCGGUUGGAAAGUUCCGGCUGGUUAAGUUACGUGCUGAACGCGAUGAACGUUUCCUGCGUGGUGGCACAGUGUCUGGCUCUGGAGGGGGUUCCGGUUGUGAUCCACGGUGGCAAGGGACUGGACACGCCGCUGAUCGUCACUUCGGUGGCGCAAAUUAUUCUAAAUCCCGACUGUCGGACAAUAAAAGGUUUGCAGGCCCUAAUCGAGCGCGAAUGGUUACAGGCCGGUUUCCCGUUCUCAACACGACACAAACACUCGUGCUAUACUCCGUCAACUCAGCGACACAAAACAUCCAGUGCGACAUUCGUUCUGUUUCUCGAUUGUGUCUUUCAGCUGUACAAUCAAUUUCCGUGCAGCUUCGAGUUCGAUUCGCGCUACCUCAUAAUGCUGUUCGAGCAUAGCUACUGCAGCCAGUAUGGCACAUUCUUGGGUGAUUCGGAACGGGAACGGGCCGAGCUGAGGGUGCGGGAACGAACGACCAGUCUGUGGAGUCACAUCAACCGGCCGGAGAUGAUCGAUACCAUGCUCAAUCCGAUGUAUGUGCCGAAUGGAACCGUUAUCUGGCCCUCGGUGGCCCCGCUCAGUAUUAUCCUGUGGUCGGAAAUGUACACACGGUGGGUGAUCGACCAAAGCCAACGGCAGGCCACCCGCGACCGGAUGCUUGCCAUCGUCAGUGACGAGAAGGAACUGGAGAAACGGGCGAAAAAGUUGCGCCGCGAACUGUCCGAACUACAGCGCGAGUAUCAACGGCUGAAGCUGGAGGAAGAAUCGCUGCAGGGCGGCGAAUCACCGGAGGAUGACAUCGUUGACAGUACAAAUUGUUGACCAAGCCAGACGAUCUUUACCGACCGAUCGACAACGGACGACGCAAGAACAAGGACGAAACUUUUACGGACUUUGAAGCACUUAUAAAUAGAUUAGUGCAAUUUCUAUUUAAUUGCAAUUUAUGGCAAAAAUUGAACACCGAAUGUAACUCGACGGCUACAACCUGAACAGUGAAUCGAGAGUCGAUCUAGAUUGCCUAGAAUAUAUUACAACGACUACAUUUUCUAUUAAAUUUGUUGCAAGAGUCAAGCUAAGAUGCUAAAGUGUACAAAACUUGACUAGGCUAGUAACAAUCUGACAAAAAAUAACCUGUUAAUUAAGGUUACAACGACUACAUUUUCUAUUAAAUUUGUUGCAAGAGUCAAGUUCAGAUGCAAACAUGCUCUAAAUAUGAUAUGUAUAUCUUGAACUAAAUAGUAAGUCUUGCCGGCUUGGACAUCUGAAAACAUUUGAUGUCACUUGACUGUGCUUCUGUUCUCUAGAUUUAGUUACAACUGCUAUAAUUUCUAUUAAAUUUGUUGCAAGAGUCAACUUCAGAUGCAAAAAAGCUGCGAACGUAACAAGCCGGCCGUCAAAAUCUUGUGCUAAUUACUGUUCAUAAACAGAAUAUAGGGGCGGUGCAUGUCCCCUUAUGUACGAAGCUUGAUUAUAACCUUGGAAAAGCUAAUCUAGUCUAGAGAUGGAUAUCCUGAACUAAAUAGUAAAUCUUGCCUUGUUAGUUGUCCUUGAACAUUUGAAGACAUUUAAGGUCACUUGUCUAAGCUUAUGUUCUCUUGAUUUAGUUGACAAGACGGCCGUCAAAAUCCAAAAUAUAUAAUCUUCUUAAGAUUGUUGCUCUCGAUUAUCUGACACAGGUUUUUUUUAACUAGUCAGUUCUCUAGAUUUAGUUACAACGAUUUCAUUUUCUAUUAAAUUUGUUGCAAGAGUCAAGCUCAGAUGCAAAAAAUGCAUCAAACGUGGAUGUUCUUGUGUUAAUUACUAUUCAUAAACAUAAUAUAGGGGCGUUGCAUGUCCUCUCACUUACGAAGCUUUAUUGUAGCCUUGGAAAAUCUAAGCUUUUCUAAAGAUGAAUAUCUUUAACGAAACAGUAAGUCUUACCUUAAUAGUUGUUCUCUAGAUUUAGUUACAACGACUACAUUUUCUAUUAAAUUUGUUGCAAGAGUCAAGCUCAGAUGCAACAAUGCAUCAAAUGUUACUAGGCUAUCACAACCUCAAAUGACGAAUCGUUCUGUGAUUAUUGUUCUUGUGUAUCUAACAACAAUUGCCUGUGUUUUUGUUCAAUAGAUUAAGUUACAACGACUACAUUUUCUAUUAAAUUUGUUGCAAGAGUCAAAUUGCACAAUGAUUGAUAAAGAAACACGAAAACAUAUGGAAACAUUUAUUGUAGUAUUAUUUUUAAGGAAUUUUAAGAGGAGAAAAUUGUGAUUUAAUAUAAUUUGUCAUCAACGCUAAAAGAACAUAACUGAAAACGACGUAGUAUAUUGUUUUUAGAAAAAUAUAUUCGGAAAAAAAAAGAAAUCAAGAUACAACAAUAGAAGCCUUCACUCCCACACCUCAUCGCGAGUCGGGUAAAGUAUAUAUCUUGCCCGGUCCAAGAAUAUCAAUUAGCAGCCUCAUCUCGUCUAGGGUGGCGGGCCCAGGCGUCCGCGAAUACGCCCAACGACGGCGAACCCAGGCCAUGAUUUCCAGUAGUAGUUCUCACAGACACUACACACAAGCCGGAACUCGCCGAGAGCGAUCCUCCCGGCAAGCACCCACCAGAAGUUGACGGUGUAGCAGGAAUGCCUGGAAAGAAAAAAAUAAACAAAUAAAUAAUUUAUGUGUUUUUUUUUUCUCAAUGAGAAAAAAAAGUCCUGCAAAAUACUCUAUUUGCACAAUAAAUGGCUCUAAUUCGUCUACUGACCCGUGGAAUUCCGGGAUACAUUGUAUUGCCUCUAGCAUUGGAAAUUGGUACCCACCGUUAUUUCUAGCCAUCCUGACUUCUUUAACCUUUUUACUGGAAGUUGCUAUAAUAAUUUUUUAGCUGUAAAUAAUUACGAUCUUGACCGUGGUUAUGGUCGACAUUCAUUAACGUAAAUAAACUUGACCUAGUCUCACAUUACUGGUCAUUGUAUAGUACAAAGCUUCAACUGCUACGAGCCCUGCGUGGUCGAAUUUCGUUUGCAUUGGCAUUUUUGUUUAUUAUUGAGCCAGCCUAACUCGGUGCUCUCAAAUUUGUCAUGCACACGGUGCGCAAACCAAACUGUCUUUGUUAUUUAUCAUUUUUCUAGAAGUCGUCGACCUAUAUUCGAUCGGCAGUAAUUACUUGUUUAGCAAUUAUCUAAAAAUAUUGAAAUAUUUCCUUCCUAUCUAAAAAUAUUGAAAUAUUCACUCUGAGACUGACUAACUAACCGACAGCCUCUAACUCUUCCCAACUAUGGGUUUUUAAACUCCUAACAUCUUCUUUCGGGUGAAGCCCGGUGAUUUUAGUACAAGCCGAGCUUGUGAUUCUAAGUAGAAAGUUCAUCCGACUUUCUCCUGAAGUUCUACCGAAAGCCGAGACCACUGUCACUAUGCCAGAGGCAGUGACCAGUGUCCGUGAAAAAAAAUUAGCUUUAGUUUUACAACAUUGCUCCACUGACUAAUGCCCGGAACUGUCUAUGGUUUUAUAACAAAGUUUCUUAAACAUCGUUGCGAUGACUAAUGCUCGAUAAUGUGCACGCUUCUAUAACAAAGUUUAUACAUGAAGGUUGCGGCUACGCUGAUAUGAGAGUUUCCUUCACAAUUUCCUACUUUUUCCUAUAAUACUAGCAAAUUCAAAGGAAAAUUUGCUAAGGGCGUUUGUCCAAUAAUUGAUGAUUUGCGAGUAGGUUGUGGAGGGAUCAGGGUCAUUUCACCGAAGGCCGUUUCGCCGAAACUCAUUUCGCCGAACGGGCCACUUCGCCGAAUGUCAUUUUGCCGAAAGCCAUUUCGCCGAAAAGGUAAUUUCGCCGCUUCCUGCAAUUGUCUUAAUAUUGUAAUUGGAAUUGAUUUAAGAUAAACACAAAUGAAUGAUAAUACGUUAACACCCGUUUUGUUGACCUACAAUUGUACUUCUUGAAUAAAGAUUGAUUCGUGAACCUCAGAACGGAGUUUCCAAGGAAACUUGUUGACUAUUAGCCACUAAGCAUCAAAGCAAGCGCUCCCGUUGUGGAGAGUAUUUUGAAUAAAUUGUUAUCCCUCGCGGAUUUCGUUUGAUGUGAAUUGUUUGCCCACGAUUCCUAUGGUGAAGUUUGAAAAUGAUAAUAUUUGGUUUCCCUUUAGACAUCUAUUGUCAGGACCGCAAUUGGGUUUUAGUUAAUCGUUUUUAGUGUUGGUGAUUUGAAGUUAUUUUUUUCAAUGAGUCUUCUUCAGUACUAGUUUCAGUUUUUGUUAUAUUUAUUUAUUUAUUGAUUUCUUUCGUCAAGCAAGUGUAGACUACAUAUGAAAAUGUACAAUGUUUCCUUAUACUACGCAUUAUUUCUACGAUAAAGUUGGGUUUUGAUUUGAUUUUUUGACAUAGUUAGGUCAAGAUGAUUACAAAAUGUAUUAUAGUGACGCAUUAUUCGAUUGACUGGACUAUUUUUUGCAUAAUUAGUUUUAUUGUGUUUUUCUAAAAAUAAUUUUCUUUUUCAUAAUUGGCGUCCAGGUACAUACAAAUUUAAUUGUGUUAGUAGUUUAGUGUUUGUAUAUUGAUGAGCAUACAGCGUGCUUCAUAUGAUGGUAGAGGAAAUGCUGUCCAGUUUAAUUCACGAAGUGCAUAUAAAAGACAUUGCUUCUGGAUCGAUUCAAUGCGUUCUUCGUGAGUAAUAUAAUAUCACUAAAAUCUCAAUUAGCGAAAGAAACAUUUAUUCAUUUUAUUUACAGGAUUUUUGGAAUUUCUUUCAGAUGUUUGUUUUCAGCAAUUUUAGGAAUCUUCAUCCGAUGGUUCUGAUAUUGGUCAAUUAGGGUAAAAAAGUGCUGAUGGUUCACAAACCAGCCCUCUUUUUACUGCUAUAAUCUGAGUUUGUUCAGUAUUUAUUGUAAAACUGUAACGUGAUUUGACGGAAUUCGAACUUUCAAAUUUAGAGUUUUGAAAUACACUGAGGUCUUGAACUUCGGAAAUCCGCGCAAAACAUAAUAAUUUUUCUUGAUGCCAAAUAUCUUAGACACGCAUGAAACGUCUAGAUCAGGUGUAAUCUAAAAAAAAUUUCGAAGUCAACUUUGGGACUUUCGAAAAAAAUUUGAGAUUUCUGAAUUCGAUUUUUUUAAAAUUUUCUUAGAAAUGCAUGAAUCGUCGAGAUCUGGUGUAAUCUCGAGUAUUAUUUUUUUGAAAAAAAUAAUCGAAAAUAUUAUGUGUCAAAGUUGACUCAAAAAAAUCCCAACGUUUCAUGCAUUUGGAAGACAAAACAAGAAAACUAGAUAACUUUGAAAAAUCGCGUAACUUCGGAAAUUCGCAUACAAAAAACUCUUAAAAUCCACAUAAAAAUACUAUCAUCGACAGUUUUCUUCUCAUUGUAUUUCCACUAGUCUCCGACUACGCUUUUUCCACGUUCGGUUAAAUGUCAUGCAAAUCUUUCCAAGAGUUUGUGUUCCAAUUCUUUAUGCUUAUGCUGUUCCAAUUUUGUUUGUAAGUGAAGUCUGCAUUUAUUGCUGUGAAGAUACCACCUCUGGAUUUUUUUUAUUGCAAAGUGAUACCAUACGAUUGAAAAAUCUUAACUUCUAAAGGCCCCUGAGCGGCGUGGAUUUCUCUAGAUUGAAUUAACUACAUUACACCUCGAGUGUUGGUUUCGAACUCUUUAUUUCACAAUUGUAUUUCUUAACGCUAGGCCCUGCUCGGGCGGUGGCUACGUGACCCUUUUUAGCGCGUCAGCAUAAAACGGUCGGUGGCAAUGAUCGCGCUUUAUGCUGCGUCGGAAUUUCGAUAUCAUUUAUUUAUUUUAACGAUUGAAGCGGGCCUGUAUCCACCACACGCCCUUUCUUAUUGAAUUAAAAAGUAGU